AUGCCCCCCAGCCCUCCUCCCUCCUCGGACUCCUCCGCUACCGCCGCAUACACGCAACUCUCCUCCCGCCGCUCCCCCAAACCCCUCUUACAGCUCGAUCUCGCCCUCCUACACUCCCCUCCCGUCGCCUCAGGCUGGUCCUCAUUCCUUGGCUCCAUACGCAACCAGACAAGCCUACCCGCAGAUAUACGCGAAUUGUGCAUCUGCCGGGUAGCGGUGCUGAACGGAGCCGUUUACGAAUGGGAGCACCACGUCCCGAUCCUACGGGAGGCAGGGGUAGGAGAACGAGCCGUGGAGGAAGUCGAAAGUCGAAAAGCCUGGCGGGGCUGGAAAGCUGAAGAUGCAGACGCAGCAGCGGAGGCAGAAGACACACAACAUGAUGACUACGGGGGCUUGAGCGAGAAGCAAAGAGCCGCACUCGCGUACACUGAUGCCAUGACUAUAGGUGUCAAAGUCAGCGAUGAGAUUUUUGCCGAGCUGAAGAAGCGCUUUGAUGAGCGAGCUGUUGUGGAGAUCACCGCGGCGGUGGCGGCUUACAACUGCGUGAGUAGGUUUCUAGUCGCGUUGGAUGUGGGAGAGAUGGGUGAGAAGAAGAAAGAAGAGCAAUGA